AUGCGCCGAAGGGAUGCGCUGCCGGGUUUCUUGUCGCGAGACAUCAUUGACCAAGAGAUCCAACAGCUAUGCGAGAAAUGGCCAGCGAUACUCGAGGAUAACACAAUCAUUCGUAAAGCACAGGGGCGGUAUCGUAUCAACGGCCGCGAAGUGACGGUGUCUUUGAGAACGCGUGAAGCCACGCGGGAGGAAGAAGAAUGUGUCUCCAAAACUCCAUCUUUGGAUGAGGCCAAAGCUGCUGACGGGCAGGUCAUGGACCUGAGUGGAGACCUCAUUGUUCGGGAUGGACCACUCAAGCAGCCAUUUCUGGAUUAUGUCUUCGAUACUGGACAGAAGGAGUAUUACUCCAUGGCUGAGCCAGACAAAUUGGAGAACAAAUCCGUGGAUACGCCAAAGCCACUGGCUCCUGACUUGAAGGGUGGCCAGCUGGCAGUUCAGGACGACCGCCUGGAGGCCAUGGAGAUUGCUUGGGCAUCCAGUGAUGCCGAUUCCCUCAGCGAGUUGCCUCAGAUGCCAUUGCCACCGCCAUUGCCCAAGAGUUCGGAGCCAGUGCAGCAUGCAGCAGGCAUUCACUUGACGAAGACCUGCCAAGAAACGACUCAGUUAUGCAGAACCUAUGAUGCAGAGGCAUGUCUUGUCGAGAUCGUCAUGGACAUGCCAAUAGCACCCGCUGGCAGCUUCCCAGUAUGCCACGCGAUGUUCUGCACGCCACAGGCAUGUGCCGUGGCUUCGCCGAACUCUCCUGUUGUGAUGGGUCCCCACGGCGACAGCUCCACGAAGCCCUGCGUCGAGUUGCAGGAGACUGACGUGCCUGGCGGGCCCGUGAAGCCUUCGGAGCUGGUCAUGCGGAACCCUUGGCCACAGGACGGAGCGGUUCAGCUGCUUCCUCUGCUUCCGGCCGUCAGUGACUUUCGAGGUAACGGCCCUGCCAAGGUAAAACGCCGGCACAAGUAUGGAGAGGUGAUCUUGCCUGGUGAAUUGACCUUUGGAUUCGGGCAUGCUGCAUCCAAGAUUGACCAGGCCCAGGCAUGGCCAGAUCGUCCACUCCGAGAGGCUCCGACGAAACAGGCCCCUGCCGCACUGGCAUUGGAUGAGCUGCACCUGGCAGAGUUGUAG